AUCUGUCUUCCUCGCAGUCCGAGGUAUUUUCACAAUGAUUGGACCUUUCACCGGCCUCUUCCAUGCUGCACGGGAUCCUCCCAGGACACAGAGUGCCUUCAUGUCCCAGAAUACAUUGCGACGCAAGAGCGUCCCUGCAACCGCAAGGGAUUCUGGGAUUGAUAGAGAUGUUUUCAUCAUGGCGGCAUCUAUUUCAGGUUAUACUUUCAGUUCUGUGUGUUAUCACAGUGCCAAUAGCAACUCAGAUCACGAGGGCUUCCUAUUAGGGGAAGUAAGGCAAGAAGAGACUGUCAGCAUCAGUGACGCACAGAUCAGCAGUUCAGAAUUUGUACAGAUUGUAGAAAUACAUAACCAUGAACCUUGUGCACAAUUGUUUAGCUUUUAUGACUACGCAGGUAAAAUCAAUGAAGAAAACCUCAACAACGUUCUUAAAGACAGACGAAAAAAUGUCAUUGGUUGGUACCGGUUCCGGAGGAACACCCAGCAACAGAUGUCAUUUAGGGAGCAGAUAAUCCACAAACAGUUGACUCAGCUGCUUGGUGUGCCAGACCUCGUCUUCCUUCUCUUCAGCUUCAUCUCAACUGCCAACAGCUCCACCCAUGCGCUGGAGUAUGUGCUCUUCAGACCUAACCGCAGUAGGUACAACCAGAGGAUUCAGCUCUCCAUCCCAAAUCUGGGCAACACAAGUCAGCAGGAAUACAAAGUCUCCUCCGUACCCAACACCUCCCUCAACUAUGCCAAGGUCAUCAAAGAGCACGGGGCUGAGUUUUUUGACAAAGAUGGUGUGAUGAAGGAUAUUCGAACAAUAUUCCAAGUCUACGGUGCACUGCAAGACAAAGUCCAGGCUGUGUGUGGGGAUGUCGAACAAAGUGAGCGCGUCAAAGAAAAACUUCAAGAGGAUGUUAACCAAGUCAAACAGCAAAUUGCUCUCAGGAAACGCAAAACAGAGGAGGACAGAAGACUUCAGGAAUCUCAAAUUGUAGACUCCACUUCAACUCCAGAGGUAUCCACAAAACCUUCUGAGACUUCCUUCAUGUCCAGGAUAACUUUCCAAACGCCGUCUGCCCCGGAGCGACCCAGUACCUCACCAAACCCCCCCUCCUACACUGACCUCUUAUCCCAAGGCGACAAUCUGCUCUCCUCUUCCUCCACUCCCACCAAUGCUGCUCUGUUGCCCCGGCCUCAAGCUGUGGGUUCGCCGGGACACCCCACCCCGGUCUCGCUCGCGACGGGCCUCAGUCUCGGUAUGCCGCUAAGCCUCGGCGCCAACCCCGUGAACACUCCAAUCACCCCUUACCUUGGAAAUGGUGACGGGUCGAGCUCUGACUCAUUAGACAGACAAGCCGCCGGGCAGGAAGACGACGACGAAGAUGAAGACAGUAGUGAAUACGAGAACCUCGUCAGCGAAGGAGCUCGUCUACCGCUAGUCCCCGCUAGCGCUUUAGCUCAAGGCCGACCGGCCGCUCUGGGUCCCGACGGGGACGCCCGCGGCUCACAAACCACAUAGAAACAUGGAUGUGUGAGGGACACGAACACGCCUGUAGAGGUGGACAACUGAAGCAAUCAAAGAUAAGCAAAUGUAGACAAAAGAAGUGCCAGUCCUGGAGGUGAAAGGCAUGUGCAAGGUGUUGCUCUUUUUGUCAUAGUACGUUCUCCAUUUUAGGGGAAACCUCGUUUCGCUUUUGCAAGGGCAUCCCACUGCUUCUGUUUUCAUGUUUUUCUCCGGAAGGUACUCAAGUGUUCAGUUUUAGGGUCAGCUUUCUGUCUGAUGUCAGAAUCUUCUCGUCUCACAUUUGCAUCAUCACCUUUUAGCACCCUUUCACGCAUCCUGUCUUGCACUACUUCUUUUUAAGAAAGCAAGGGAAAAAUAUUCUCCAGCCUUUGAACAUUUGUGAACAAAGUGGUUACAUUUUUGGGGGGGAACGGUAGAGAAAUAUGUAUCAAAGAAAUCAUACUUUUUUUUUUUGUUAUUUUGGACGCCAUGUUCCACACACUUUAAUUCAGCUUUUUAUUUAAGCGAUGAAGAAUAGAUUACAAACAAAACUGAUUCUGCCACUUCUUUAAAGGGUGCUUUAUAUAUACAUAAUAUAUAUAUUUUUGUCUAAUUAAUAGUUUAUCUAAUUUGAUUGACAAUAGUGUUGGUGUCUUGUUCUUGGAUAAUAACUGAAAUUGUAUGCGCUUUGCUGCACUUAACAUUUAGACUUACUUUAUCUGUUGUGUUCUACCAAUGCUGAGAUGUUACGCCAUUCGGUUCGCCCUCUUUGACCACUCGGAGCCAAACCCAGCUCAGCUUUUUGUGUAUUAGAUGGGGUUCACAGGACAAACACAAUAUACUGUAGCUUUACUUAGCAAAUGCUUAAAAUUCCCUUCUGCUGCUGCAAACAAAGAGCUACCACUAAAAAAUGCGUCUGUCGUUCAUAUGCAAACCCGGUUGCUGCUUCCAUUUGUUUCAAUACUACUGAACGUGUUCCUUUAGCCACUUCAAGCUCUUGUAUGCCAUGGUUUAAAUAUGCUACGGAAGGUAUCUCGAAUGUGUUACCUUGGCAACCGAGCCCUUCCCGUCUUUGCAGAGUGAACUCUCAGCGAUUCUGACCAGCUUGGCUGUUGCUCGUACGGACCUGGAUAAUGUGAUGAAACAUCUCGAACCUGCCUCAGUACACAGUGCCUUCCACUCAGGGCAGUUUCUGUCUGCACACAGGACACAUUCACACAGCUCUUUGUAAAGGGUGAAAUGAAACAACAUUAUUUUGUGUUGCAAUAAGCCAACUCCAAAACGUUCAAAGUCUUAAAAAGUUUUUUGCCUCGUUUUCUUAAAGACGCCCCUUUCUACGGAAACAGUUUUAGCUCUUCCGUCUUCUUUCUGAAACUCCUAAGUGGACUUGAAAUUGCUGAUGUAACUUUUUGCUGGCUUUAUUAUUCCAGACUGAGGUCGGCGGUGGAUGAGGAUGUAGAGCAUCCUCUGCAUGAACUGGUUCACUCUUAACACCUUCAGCAUGGACAGAUGUUUGUGCUGCACUCGAUCACUCGCGGUGGGAGAUGCUUUGCCUUUGUGAACAAGCUCAACUUAUUUACAGUGUUUGUAAUGUCAUGUCUUUUGCCUUUGGGUCACUUGUCUUGAUGUGUAAUGCCAAUACAUCACUGAACAGGAAGUGGCACUUGAAAUGUUGCUUUAAAAAUAAUCACUCUUGGGGCAGGAGGGUCAUCUUAGGAGUGUGAGGACUGGAAUUUACAGAAAUGAAUAAAUAAUGAAUGUAUUGUAGAUAAUUGCAUUGGGGUAGCAUUUUAAAACAGCACUUAACUGUAUAAACUUCAAAUAAGCUGAGUGUGUGGUGGUUUAGAACAGCAGGUCUUUUGUAUUUGUCCUUUGCUCCGAAUCCCGUCUUCAGGCCCCUAUAGAAGUGGAAGCCUUUAAUUGUGGCAUCCGCUGGUGUAAGCUGAUGCUUCUAGCUCAUGUCUAGAGGUAAAAACAACAGAGCUUUAGUGCAGAAGAUCGCCGCCAGAAAUCACAAACUGACUCUGAACAACCCAGUUCCAGCAGCGUACAUGCAUACUGCACAGGGUGAGGAUCACUUCUUCAUAAGUGCAUCAUAAGCACCACCACAAACCAUGGCUUUUAUCUGGAUUUGUGUACUUGAACUUAAAACAAAUGCUUGGAACAGCACAGGAGACGAGGUGCUUUUUUGUUUAAUAAACGAGACCUUCAUAUGUGGAA